AACUUUACGCAAGCUUGCCUCUAAACAUCUACCGUAUUUCCUCCAAUACAAUGAAGCCGGAACCGAAGUGUGUCCUCCGUUUUGCCAAGAUUACGGAUCAAGCCUUUGUACCAACCAAAGGAUCCGCCAAAGCGGCGGGAUUUGAUCUAAAGAGUGCAUACGAGUACACGGUUCCGGCCCGAGGCAAACAGCUGAUAAAGACCGAUAUCCAGGUCCAACUUCCGGAGGGUUGCUACGGUCGUGUUGCACCUCGGUCCGGUUUGGCAGUGAAGAACUUCAUCGACGUCGGUGCCGGUGUGGUUGACGAGGACUACCGAGGCAAUCUCGGUGUGGUGCUGUUCAACCAUUCCGACACGGAAUUCAAGGUGGCCCGGGGGGAUCGUAUCGCGCAGUUCAUCUGUGAGAGGAUCUUCUAUCCGGAGCUGGAAGAGGUAAGCAGCUUGAUGGACACCGAACGAGGCAGUGGUGGUUUCGGAUCCACCGGAACGCAGUGAGACUGGUCCAGUCAGUUCCUGGAGGAAGUACAAAUUUAAUGCUGGGAAUGAUCU